GAAAAUUUUAUUGAUGAUGGAAUUGGCAACCCAGAUGUGAUUGCUUUUGAUACCUCAUUCAUUCUUCUGAUCUAGUUUUCUUCCAUCCUCAGCAGAUCUAAUUCAAUGGCAAAUUCUAUCGGGGAUAAUACUACCAGCUCUAAUGACUCGAACAUCAUGGCUUCUGCUACCUGCUAUGAUGUCUUUCUAAGCUUCAGAGGCGAAGAUACUCGUCAUGCUUUUACAGAUCAUCUCUAUGAUGCAUUAGGGCGAGCAGGACUUCUCACUUUUAGGGAUGAUGAUGAAAUGAAGAGAGGCCAAGAGCUAGAGCCAGAAAUCAAGAUGGCAAUCAAAGCAUCCAAGGCGUCAAUAGUCGUCCUGUCUGAGAAGUAUGCGACUUCUACAUGGUGCCUUGAAGAGCUCUGGUUGAUCCUCGAGCAGAGGAAGGAGUGCAAUCAUUUCGUUCUUCCGGUUUUUUACCAUGUCGAUCCCUCUGAUAUUAGGAAGCAAAAUGGAAGUUUCAAGAUAGAAGAAGUUGAAACAUCUACAAAGUGGACUCAUCAUAACGUGAUCCGGUGGAAGAGAGCUCUUACAAAGGUUGCUGAUUUAAAAGGCUUUUCUCUUUCUGGGCCUGAAACAAAGCUUCUGAAGGAAAUUGUCGAUACCGUUUACAAUGAACUAGAUUGCAAAAAGGUUUAUCUUCCACCCGAUCUAAUAGGGAUGGACACUCGAUAUGAGAAGAUUAUUUCCUGGUUACAUCAACCCAAUCUCGAAUUUUUAGCAAUUUGCGGCAUGGGAGGAAGUGGCAAGACAACGUUGGCAAAGUACAUUUACAAUUUAAAUUGGAAAAGGUUUGAAAACAUGAGUUUUAUUGAAGACAUUGGUAGUAGAUGUAAAGGAACCCAUGGUUUGCUUGAGCUACAAGAACAACUUCUCAAAGAUAUUUCAGGGGGUAGGAAGAGAAAAAUACCAAGUGUUUCUCAUGGUACAUAUAAGAUUGAGGAGGCCUUACAAACAAAAAGCACACUAAUUGUUCUUGAUGGUAUUGUUGAAUAUAGUGAGUUAGUUACUUUACUUGGAACUGGGAAGAUUAAUGCACUAAGCAAGAUUAUAAUAACCACAGAAAAUACAGUUAAUUGGUUUAAAUUUUCAUCUCAUAAGUGUGAACAAUAUAGGAUGGAGUUAUUGAAUGAGGAUGAAUCAUUAGAGCUUUUAAGUCAUCAUGCGUUUGGAUCCAAAAUCCCAGAGGAAGGUUUCAAGGAGCUUGCAGCACAAGCAGUAAGGUAUUGUGAAGGAAAUCCACUGGGUCUUUGUGUGUUGGGCUCCUCUCUAUCCAAUAGCAAUACCAUCUCACAGUGGAGAAGUCAAUUGAAGUUACUGGAAAAAGAUAUUCAUUCUCUAAUCCAAGGUGUACUAAUAAGGAGCUACAUGUCAUUGCAAUUUGACUUUGAAAGAGAGCUGUUUUUGCAUAUUGCUUGUUUCUUUGUAGGCAAAGACAAGGAUUACGUGGUAAAGAUAUUGGAGCCUGAUUAUUUUGCAGUAUCUGGGAUCAGUACCCUUAUCAACAGAUGCCUUCUUUCUGUUUCAUCUAGCAAUAAGUUGAUGAUGCAUCGAUUGCUUCAAGAGACAGGAAAAAACAUAGUCUGUAAAGAAUCAUUUAAGCUUCCUGAGAAACGUAGUAGAGUUUGGCUGAGCACUGACUCUUAUAAGAUAUUGAGAAAAAGUUCAGGUUCAAAAACAAUAGAAGGUCUAACACUUGACAUGAAUAAGCUAAAGGAAGAGGGGGCAGCGUCCAAGUCAUCAGACCUCACCACAGAUGCACUUGAAAAGAUGGAAAAUUUAAAAUUGCUCCAGCUAAAUUAUGUGGAACUCACCGGAUCCCAUGAAAAUUUCUCAGAAGAUCUAAGAUGGCUCUGUUGGUUUGGAUUCCAUUUAAGAACUAUACCCUCUGGCUUAUCCAUGGGAAACUUGGUGGCUUUAGAUAUGAGCUAUAGCAACUUGGAAGUAUUUGAACCACCCAUGGUUCUUCAAUCACUACAGAUUUUAAACUUUAAAGAUUCGCACAAUCUAUUGGAAAUCCGAAACAUCUCCAUGAUCCCUCAUCUUGAGACUUUAGUUCUUUGGAACUGUCACAGUCUGGUUCAUGUUUGUGAAACCAUUACAGAGCUUACUAGUCUUGCUCUAUUGAACAUGACUGGAUGUAAACACUUGUGCACGAGGGAGCAGAUAAAUGUGUUAGAAGAGAUAAAAGCUUCUACUUCUGGUGGACAAGUUACAAAACAGCCUCCCUUUUCCUUCCCACAUUCAUUACAACGGUUAUUUCUCAAAGACUGCAAUCUUGAUUGUACUGAUUCUUUUCCUCUGAGUUUCAGUGUUCAACCAUUUUUGCAGUACUUGAAUUUAAGUAACAGUUUUUUUGAGUUCCUGCCUUGUUAUGAUCAUCUUAAAAGUCUUCGGAUCCUUGACUUGAGUUUCUGCUCAAGACUUAAAUGGCUUCUAUGUCUGCCGAGCACACUUGCAGAGUUGUACGUGUAUUAUUGUGAGUCACUGGAGAAAAUAACUUUCCAAUCAGCUCAAUUCAAGUUGCAAGAGUUGGCCUAUGAAGGUUGUAGUAAUUUAUAUGAAAUUGAAGGCCUCCUCAAAUUGGUACCAAUAGCCAAACUAGAUGAAACUGGUUUGGGACAUUUGAAGUGGCUAAAGCAAUAUCAAAGUCAUGAGGUGCUCCUCGUUGGUGAUGAUGAGCUCACCAAGGGCAGAAGUUCAAAAGUCCAGAUGUUGUAUGAAUUCGAUAUAAUGAGCACAUCUCUGCCAAACAUAAAGGAUUCAAACAUGAGAGCUGAGUAUAUAUCAGAAUCAUCAUCUUUGUCAUUUGAUGUGCCUUCGUGCCCCAAGAAUUGGAGACUCAAAGGAUUAAAUGUAACUUUCAAAUACACAUUAUCAGGUGAUGAUUGGACAUGGUUUGCUAAAAUCAGUACGACUAAUGGUGUUGACUUGAUGUACAACCCCAAAGUCUUUGGUAAACCUAGAUUUGGUGCAGUUGGUAUAUGGUUAGGCUAUUGGCCUAUCGGGAAUAUGUUAGAUGUUGGAGAUAAAGUUAACGUGUCUAUUGAUGUGAUGAGUGGACUGGAGGUACAUGAAUGUGGUGCAAGUCUUGUGUACACUGAUGAUAAAAUAGCUGAGGAAACCGUGGAAAAUAACAUGGGAGGGGAAAAUUUUCUUGGAGGAGAUUUGUCUGGAUUUCAACUAAGCACAAGAGCAUAUUAUCUUUGUCGGCGUGAUUUGUUUGAGUUGAUGGAGGUUGGGAGACUGACACCUGAUCGGUUUGGGGUUUUAUUUGGUGAUAACAUUGACUAUACAGAGGUUCGAGGAUGGAGAAUGACUGGUCGACCUAAGCAGUUGAAUCCAUCAUUUUCAGAGUUGAAAACUGUUGGAUGCAUUAUCCAUGGUCCUGAGUUGGAAGAGAUUUACAAUAUCGCAGAGAUGUCUGAAUCAUCUUUGGUAGAUAAAACUGUUGAGUUCACAUCAAGCAUACUCGGGGAGACGAUGAAAUCUGGGACUACAUCUGCAGUUAGUGAUGCAGCAGCAAAGGAGAAAAGUGAGAGUUACAAUCUAGAGACU